ACAACUUCCACAGCUGCCCCAACAACUUCCACAGCUGGACUAACAACUACCACAACCACAGCUGCCCCAACAACUACAACAGCUGCCCCAACAACUACCACAGCUGGACCAACAACCACAGCUGGACCAACAACUACCACAGAUGCCCCAACAACUACCACCACUGGACGCACAACUACAACAGCUGGACCAACAACUACCACAGCUAGCCCAACAACCACUACUGCUGGACCGACAACAACCACAGCUGGACCAACAACUACCUCCGCUGGACCAACAACUACAACAGCUACCCCAACAACUACCACAGCUGCCCAAACAACUACCACAGCUGGACUAACAACUACCACAGCUGGAUCAACAACUACCACAGCUGGAUCAACAACAACCACAGCUGCACCAACGACUACCACAGCUGGCCCAACUGCCGCAACACCUAGCCCCAAAACAGCCACACCUGCCCCAACAACUACCGCCACUGGACCAACAACUACCACAGCUGCCCCAACAACUACAACAGCUGCCCCAAAAACUACCACCGCUGGACAAACAACUACCACUGCUGCACCAACAACUACAACAUCUGGCACAACUACCACAAUAGCUCCCCCAACUACAACCACCGCUGAACCAACAACUUCAACAUCAAUCCCAACUACCACCACAGCUGGACCAACAACUACCACAGCUGCCCCAACAACUACCACAGCUGCCCCAACAACUACCAAAGUUGGAAGAACAACUACCACAGCUGGACCAACAACUACCACAGCUGGAUCAACAACUACCACAGCUGCCCCAACGACUACCACAGCUGCCUCACACCACAACAGCCACACCUGCCCCAACAACUACCUCCGCUGGACCAACAACUACCGCAGCUGGCCCAACAACUACGACAGCUGCCCCAAAAACUUCUACCGCUGGACCAACAACUACAUCCGCUAG